CGCGCACGGCGGCACGCGUGGCGGAAGUUCUGUGACGUGUCCACUCUGUGCCCUUUAUUAGCGUGUUGCCGCGCGGCAACCUCCCCAGUCUCGGCUCGUUUGUGGUGGCUCUCUUCUGAGUUAUUGUUAGUUUGCAGUUUCUCCUAUUCUCCAUAUCCUCAACACAGGACUUGAAUUUACUGCCAUGUCUUCUGAAGAAGGGAAGCUCUUCGUGGGAGGGCUCAACUUCAACACUGAUGAGCGGGCUCUGGAAGACCACUUCAGCAGCUUUGGACCUAUUUCUGAGGUGGUGGUCGUCAAGGACCGGGAGACUCAGCGAUCCCGGGGUUUUGGCUUCAUCACCUUCACCAAUCCGGAGCAUGCCUCAAAUGCCAUGAGAGCCAUGAAUGGAGAGUCUCUGGAUGGUCGUCAGAUCCGUGUAGACCACGCUGGCAAGUCAGCCCGGGGAUCACGAGGGGGUGCCUUUGGGGGCUAUGAACGUGGUCGUGGCUACCCUAGAGGUAAGUUAAUUGGUGGUGGGGACCAGGGCUAUGGAAGUGGCAGGUAUGACAAUCGACCUGGAGCAUAUGGAUUCGGAUACGGAUAUGGAUAUGGAAGGUCCAGAGACUAUGGUGGCAGAAGCCAGGGUGGUUAUGACCGCUACUCAGGGGGAAAUUACAGGGACAAUUAUGACAACUGAGAUGAGAAACACAAGGAAUAAUCUGAUCCAGGACCAGGACCACCUCUCCAAAUGACUGUAUUUAUAAAGACUUUUGGAGCUGCACUGAAACAUCUGUAAUAGUUAAACCAACCUGGUUUUCUUUUCUUUUUUUUUGAAUUGAGUUCCCAAGGUACUUUAUUAAAGAUCUUUCAGAAAGCUC